GACUGUCUUACCAAGACGGACUGCCUUCCAAGACGGACUGCCUUACCAAGACGAGACUGCCUUACCAGACGGACUGCCUUACCAAGACGGACUGCCUUACCAAGACGGACUGCCGUAUCAAGACGGACUGCCUUACCAAGACGGACUGCCUUACCAAGACGGACUGCCUUUCCAAGACGGACUGCCUUACCAAGACGGACUGCCUUACCAAGACGGACUGCCUUACCAAGACGGACUACCUUACCAAGACGGACUGCCUUACCAAGACGGACUGCCUUUCCAAGUCGGACUGCCUUUCCAAGACUAACUGCCUUAGCAAGACGGACUGCCUUACCAAGACGGACUGCCUUACCAAGAGGGACUGCCUUAUCAAGACGGACUGCCUUACCAAGACGGACUGCCUUACCAAGACGGACUGCCUUAUCAAGACGGACUGCCUUACCAAGACGGACUGCCUUACCAAGACGGCCUGCCUUACCAAGACGGACUGCCUUAGCAAGACGGACUGCCUUACCAAGACGGACUGCCUUACCAAGAGGGACUCCCUUAUCAAGAGGGACUGCCUUACCAAGACGCACUGCCUUACCAAGACGGACUGCCUUACCAAGACGGACUUCCCUACCAAGACAGACUGCCUUACCAAGACGGACUGCCUUACCAAGAGGGACUGCCUUAUCAAGAGGGACUGCCUUACCAAGACGCACUGCCUUACCAAGACGGACUGCCUUACCAAGACGGACUUCCCUACCAAGACGGACUGCCUUACCAAGACGGACUGCCUUACCAAGAUGGACUGCCUUACCAAGACUGACUACGGACUGCCUUCCAAGACGGACUGCCUUACCAAGACGGACUGCCUUACCAAGACGGACUGCCUUACCAAGACGGACUGCCUUACCAAGACGGACUGCCUUUCCAAGACGGACUGCCUUACCAAGACGGACUGCCUUACCAAGACGGACUGCCUUACCAAGACGGACUGCCUUACCAAGACGGACUGCCUUUCCAAGACGGACUGCCUUACCAAGACGGACUGCCUUUCCAAGACGGACUGCCUUACCAAGACGGACUUCCUUACCAAGACGGACUGCCUUACCAAGACGGACUGCCUUACCAAGACGGACUGCCUUACCAAGACGGACUGCCUUACCAAGACGGACUGCCUUUCCAAGACGGACUGCCUUUCCAAGACGGACUGCCUUAGCAAGACGGACUGCCUUACCAAGACGGACUACCUUACCAAGACGGACUGCCUUAUCAAGACGGACUGCCUUCCCAAGACGGACUGCCUUAUCAAGACGGACUGCCUUACCAAGACGGACUGCCUUACCAAGACGGACUGCCUUACCAAGACGGACUGCCUUACCAAGACGGACUGCCUUUCCAAGACGGACUGCCUUACCAAGACGGACUGCCUUACCAAGACGGACUGCCUUACCAAGACGGACUGCCUUACCAAGACGGACUGCCUUACCAAGACGGACUGCCUUACCAAGACGGACUGCCUUACCAAGACGGACUGCCUUACCAAGACGGACUGCCUUACCAAGACGGACUGCCUUACCAAGACGGACUGCCUUACCAAGACGGACUGCCUUAUCAAGAGGGACUGCCUUACCAAGACGGACUGCCUUACCAAGACGGACUGCCUUACCAAGACGGACUGCCUUACCAAGACGGACUGCCUUACCAAGACGGACUGCCUUACCAAGACGGACUGCCUUACCAAGACUGACUGCCUUUCCAAGACGGACUGCCUUUCCAAGACGGACUGCCUUUCCAAGACGGAUUGCCUUACCAAGACGGACUGCCUUUCCAAGACGGACUGCCUUACCAAGACGGACUGCCUUUCCAAGACGGACUGCCUUACAAGACGGACUGCCUUACCAAGACGGACUGCCUUCCAAGACGGACUGCCUUACCAAGACGGACUGCCUUAUUAA